AUGGGCAAAGAAGAGCUAUUGGACGCAUUAGUAGCUUUCCAAGCCAAAGCAUCAUCCGAAGCAGAGACUCGAGCUCAAUUCGCAGUCCUUCAUGACGCGCUACGGGAUAUCCAGCGCAAACGGUGGCGGUUUCUCGAAGAUGCGUGUUCAGUGGUGCUGCGACGCAUUUUUGCGCUUGUUUCCAGUAGUCCACAGGAGAGCAAGCUGCGGUCAAAGAGUCAGAAUGAGGUGCUUUCAGCCACCGAAGGCAUCACCUUGUGCCUUUACUUUCUUGAACCGUUGGUGGAUUUGACAGUGUCAAGUGAUCAGAUUUUAAGUGAUCACAACGAGAUCGAAAAAGAGAAAGAUGGCCAAGAAGCCUUAAACCAACGGGCAGUGCUCGUUGCUGCUUUGUUGCACUUGUUUGCAGCAGUUACGAGCGAUGCAACUGCCAACGACGUGACGGCACGAUUGGUGGCAAAUAUUUUACGCUGCGGCAUCGAUGUUUAUGUGAUUAUCGCGACACUUCGGUUCCGAGAAGAGCUGGUCGAGUGCCGUCGUGCGUUGCUGCCGUCCUGCGAAAGCGACACAGAGACGGAAUCAGAAGUUGGUUCUAAGGAUGAAGAAGAAGCUGAAGCAAACGAGUUUGAGAUGGAAGAUAUGCGAUGGGUUAGUGGUCAAGUGGCGAGUAUGUGGGGCUUGACAAACUUUCGUUAUUUUUUGGAAACUUCGGGGCAAGCACACACAUUUGCCGCGUGGUCGCGUCACGGGAUCGGUAGUUUUGUACAUGCGCUGCUGAUGAACAACCAACACAAAGUCAAUACGCUACCGGUCAUUGCGUCGCCAUUCUCGUGGCUUUUUUACGUGGCUGCGUACGCCCAUGACAUGAUCCUUUCGGAUGAACACCAGAAUCGCAUUCGAGGACUUGAGCUGUUGCGAGUGGUAGGAAAGCUAUGCCCUCGAGAAAAGCUAUCCAUAAUCAUUGAAAAGGAAGGCGAAUCUUCGCGAAAUAGAGCGCGAUCAUUCCGGGACCAAGUUGCAAGUUUUUUCAAUCGAGAUUGGGUGUCUCCUGUGAUUCAGGUCACGACAAACGCAAUGGUAUCGUUUCUUGAAACUAAAGAUCGAUCGGCCGCGCUAACAGUCACAAAGGAGCUGAUUUCCAAGCUCGCAGUCGAUGAUCGAUUUUGGCUAUUACGUGGUCUGCUAAUGCAGUGUCCGUAUGGGAAUGUUUCUGCCGCGCUUCUUGAUAUUGUCCGCGAUGAUGCAGUCCGGACGUGGUCUCUGAUCGAUGCAAGCAGAUCGUCACCGUUUACGACAGCAGCAAUUUACUUGUUGCUUCGAGAUAUUCUUAGUCUAGCAGCAGAACGCGACCUUGUAUUUCAAGCGGAUUUGCUAGCAAGCUGUAUGAGUCUCGUGCGGUUUCUAUACAUACGUGACAAGGGGAACAAGACAGGUAUCCGUUCCAAAGCUUUCGAUUGCGGUAUACAGGAAGUCCUGAUGCGUAUCGGCAAAAGGCUUCAAAGGAAGAUCGACGAAGCGUUGCCGUACCAUAUUGCUGACGCUGAACCAUGCUCGGCCGAGAACUUUCCACGUCUCAUGAUCGUGGAAGCAUCUCUAAGCUCGACCUUGGAGCUUUUCAAAUAA